ACUUCCCUAACAAAUGCAUCAUACCCUGCCGACAUCUCUUCCUGAUAUUAAAGUCAAAUCAAAACCACCCAUUUUUCUAGUAAUCCCUCUCUCUCUCUCUCUCUCUCUCUCAUCAGAUUUGGUUAGCAGAAGAAGCUGCAGAGGAGGAAACAGUGAUGGAGAGUGCUGGUUAUUCUGAUGAAAAGAAGAUGGCUACACAGCCUCUAUUGGGCACCACCCCCACCCAAAAGGGUGGCUUAAGAACCAUGCCAUUCAUCAUAGCAAAUGAGGCAUUUGAGAAAUUGGCAAGUUAUGGGUUAAUACCAAACAUGAUAAUGUAUUUGAUGAAUGAAUAUGACAUGGACAUGCCCACUGGCUCCAACAUCCUCUUUCUCUGGUCAGCUGCCACCAAUUUCAUGCCUGUUCUCGGGGCGGUCAUGGCUGAUUCCUCCGUGGGUCGGUUCCGUAUGAUCGGGUUCGGGUCCAUUGUCAGUUUCCUGGGGAUGAUUCUUUUGUGGCUAACCACCAUGAUUCCACAAGCAAGGCCGCCUUCAUGCGACCAAUCAAGUUACAACUGCACCUCCGCGACACCUCUCCAACUCAUUCUCCUAUGUUCUUCUUUCGGGCUCAUGUCCAUUGGAGCCGGGGGCAUCAGGUCCUCUUCCCUAGCCUUUGGUGCGGACCAGCUAACAAAACAUGAAAACCUAAAAUCUUGCAGUGCCUUACAGAGCUAUUUCAGCUGGUACUAUGUUACAGCCGCAUCUUCAGUUUUUAUUGCAAUGAGUUGUAUUGUGUAUAUUCAAGAUAAUGUAGGGUGGCAAGUGGGUUUUGGAGUUCCUGCAAUGCUCAUGUUCUUGUCGUCUGUAUCGUUCUUUUUGGCUUCUCCUUUCUAUGUCAAGGUGAAGGUGAAAUCGAGCCUGGUUGUUGGGUUUUUUCAAGUGAUUGUUGGCUCUUACAAGAACAGGCAUUUUGAAUUAUCGUCGCAGAGCUCGAAUGUGUCGUACUACCACAAAAAGGGAUCAAUGCUGGUUGUUCCGAGCGAGAAUCUAAGGUUCCUAAACAAAGCUUGCAUAAUAAGAGAUCCUCAGCAAGACUCAUCCCCCGAUGGAAGGACUUCAGACCGUUGGAUUUGCACAGUAGAUCAAGUAGAAGAACUAAAAUCCUUAGUCAAGCUCAUCCCAUUGUGGUCAACCGGAAUCAUGAUCGCCAUAACCAUCAGUCAAAACUCUUUUCCGGUCCUCCAAGCAUCAUCCAUGGACCGCCACAUCACUUCAAACUUUGAAAUCCCAGCAGGCUCAUUUGGCAUGUUCCUCGUCAUUUCCCUAACCCUAUGGAUCGCUCUCUAUGACCGUGUAAUCCUCCCCCUAGCCUCCAAAGUCAUGGGAAAGCCCGCAUACCUAAGCCCCAAACAAAGAAUGGGUAUCGGGCUUUGUUUCUCCGUCUUAUCCAUGGUAGUCACUGCCAUCGUGGAGCGCAUCAGGAGGGCUAAAGCGAUCGAGGAAGGGUACUCUGACAAUUCACAUGCCGUGGUGAACAUGUCAGCGCUUUGGUUAGUGCCUCAGUACUUCUUGAGUGGGUUGGCUGAGGCAUUCAAUGGCAUAGGGCAAAAUGAAUUCUACUUUUCGGAGCUCCCAGGAAGUAUGUCGAGCAUUGCUACCACUCUCAAUGGGGUAGGAAUGUCGAUUGCAAACUUGUUAGCGAGUGCUAUAAUGAAUACGAUUAAUGACGUGACGGGGAGGGGAGGCAACGAGAGCUGGGUUUCGAGUAAUAUUAACAAGGCUCACUUUGAUUACUACUACUGGGUUCUUGCUGGUUUGAGUUUGGUUAACAUUUUUUACUUUUUUGUGUGUAAUAGGACAUAUGGUCCUUGUGUGGGAGAAGGGAAUAAGGUUUGGGAUGAAGGGGAUGAUGAGAUAAGAGGUGACAGAAGUACUUGACGAUGAAGCUCAAGAAUUAGCUGAGGUGCAUGCAAGCUGAUUAGAACAACCGGUUAUCAAAACAAAAAAAAGAAAAAGAAAAAGACUUAAAUAGUUUUGAUAUGUAUAUAUAUGUUUUUGGUGAUAUAUAGCAAGUAAUGCAGUAAUGCUUUAUACAGGAAAUUCAGAAAAACUUGGAAGAUGGUUUGUACAUACGUAAACACCUUUAUUAAGCUCUAAACAAAGGGAAAUCUCUAUGAGAUCUAUAUAUAUUAAGGGUCACUUGUUUUUCUCA